AUGGAAAAAAUGAAUUCGCUAAUACUAAUGCUACUGUUUGCCGGUUCGACCGCUUGGACACGUCUGAAAUUUGUCAAUUCAGGAAGUGAAAGACUACAACAAAAUGUUAUGGAUAGGACAGCAUGCAACCAUCACAAUUGUCUGAAAAAUCGGAAAUUUUUACUAACAAUGAUGCAAUCGCCACUUCGAAUAAUAAAUAUCGCUGUGGAUCCACCAGUAAAUAUUCUUAUUAGGAAUAGCGAUGAGUGCAAGUACAACGAAGACUGCAAGGAUGAAAAUUUUUGUUGGAAUGGAUAUUGUAUGCCGCGAGGUAAUCCUGGAGAUUCUUGUCUAUCAGACGAUCAAUGUUCCUCAGGACUGAUGUGUUCAAACCAAACUGGAUCAAAUGAUGGAAUAUGCAUUUCCGAUUUGACGGAAAAAAACAUCAAAAACGUUAGCGACAAAUCAGGGAUGAAUUGGAUUCCUAAGGAUCAAGUGAUUAAAACUAAUGCAAAAAUGGGAAAAAAGUUGGAAACAAUUUUUACACACAAGGAUGAAGGUGACAUUAAAAACAGAACAUCAAGCGAGUUGACAUCAAAUUUUAUGGAUGGGACUAUGAUAGUAGGAAAAAACAAUAUGACAGAGUAUUUAUUACCUCCUAUUACAGGAAUAAAUACUUUUGGCGGAAUGAUGGGGGAAUUCUCUUCACUCUCCAUUACAACGGACAACACUUUGAACACAACAAAAGCUCCUUCAUCUCCUGAGACAGAAAUCACAACCGAGGGUACAUUAUCAACGUUUCCUUCAUUUUCCGCGGCAGAAAUUACCACUGAAGACUCAUUAUCAAUGUCGCUUCCUUCUCCUGAGACAGAAAUCACAACCGAGGGUACAUUAUCAACGUUUCCUUCAUUUUCCGCGGCAGAAAUUACCACUGAAGACUCAUUAUCAAUGUCGCUUCCUUCUCCUGAGACAGAAAUCACAACCGAGGGUACAUUAUCAACGUUUCCUUCAUUUUCCGCGGCAGAAAUUACCACUGAAGACUCAUUAUCAAUGUCGCUUUCAUCUCCUGAGACAGAAAUCAUAACCGAGGGUACAUUAUCAACGUUUCCUUCAUUUUCCGCGGCAGAAAUUACCACUGAAGACUCAUUAUCAAUGUCGCUUUCAUCUCCUGAGACAGAAAUCAUAACCGAGGGUACAUUAUCAACGUUUUCAUCGAUAGAAAUUACAGCUCAAAACUCAUUAUCUCGUGUGACAGAAAUUAUCACUGAUAAUGCAUUAGCCACAAAAUCCUCUUCAUCUCCUAUGUCAGAAGAUAGCAUUGAGGAUGCAGUAAUGGGACCUUCGUUCUUCUCACCAGAAAAUAGUGGUGAAGGUAAAACUACAGUUAAGUUUGCUUUUACCGCUACGAUUGGAAAGAGCAACAUAAGUGAAGCCGAAAAAGAUAUUCCUACGGUUCCCUCGAAUCAGUCUGAUGUCACUAACAUGAAUACUGUUGACUCACACAGAGGAAUUCUUUUUGAAGUCGAAAACAAUUCAAAGAGUUAUUCCGAGAUCGCUGAUAUGAUAAGCUCUUAUUCAUCGCAUCCUUCAAAUGAUUCAACCACAACUGGUUUAAACACAACGGACAUUUCAAGUUAUUUGCUGCCGCAACCACAAUAUUGGUGUGACGAUGGCUGGAAACUUUUUCGGGGUCGGUGUUACAUUCAGAUGAACGACGGCAAUUACACAUAUCAUGAAGCUAAAAAGAAGUGUAUGAAUAUGGGAGCGCUGUUAGUGGCUAUCGUUAAUGAAGAUGUCACAGGAUUUUUGUACUCUAAUUUCUACUUCAAGCAUCCAUUUUGGAUUGGUCUUUUCAACGAUGGCAAAGGAUGGAAAUGGUCAGAUGGCACAAAAUUGAAGUAUCAGUUGUGGGGUAAGAAUGAACCGAAUACAAUAUACUCUUGUGUAUUUGCGGAAACCGAAAAGAAUGGAAGAAAUUGGUACACAGCUAAUUGCGAUGACACAAUCCUUCAUGAUAGCGUAAUUGGCUGCGUAUGUCAGCAAUAA